AUGUAUGUCUCCACUCACUAUGAUCUUAUAUUGUUUCCUUCUCCUCACAAUAAUGAUCGCGGGUUCCAUGCUUAGUGAGGCACAUGGGAAAGUCAACACUCAUAUUGCAUAUGUCAUAUUAAGCAAUGAGGGUGCUUCCAUACGUGUAUUGUGUUUGAAGCAAAGGUAUGUCAUCAUGAUAUAGACGAUCAAACUCUACAAUAACCAUAAUGAGGCGAACUCAAAGAAAGUGGAAAUGUGUAUAACCAAGAACCGCAAGAUUGAUAUUGGCAUAUGAGAUGUUCGAUUCAUGCAUGGCUUAAUCCGACCAUAUGUUAUGGCUAAUACCCUGACUAAUUUGCUAUGGUUGUAACCGUAUAGAUUUCUCCCUUGAGGAAAUUGAUACAGUUCAACAGAUUGAUGAUCAAUUAUGAAGGAAUGUCGUGCCCAGUCACAUCCAUCCAUAAAAUUGGAUUUGAGGAAUACAUCCUUUGAAGAUAAUCAUCUUAUUUACGUAUGCAAUUGAAUUGACAAUAAACCAAGCAGAGAAAUCGAACAAUAAAAAAAAUUAUAUUUGUCAUUAUGCAAACAAAAUGGCUAUAAUCACCACAUUAUUUCUCCUCUCUCCUCUCUUCUCUCUAGGGUUUCGCUUCGUAGUUGCGAUGGCGGCCUCGUCGUCGGAAUUUGCUCCGACGACGGGCAAAGGAUCGGGGGUCAAUACUUAGGCUCAGCUUAUCGAUGUCCCUCGGGAGAACAGGAUGCAGUUUCGAUCUCCGGAGCGGGUCAAUGAUGGGUUCCGACUUCCCCGAGAGGUGAAGAAGAAGGACGAAGAGCGCUGGCGCGAUUGCCUCAUCGGGCAAUUUGUUGGUGCUCAGCCUAAGGUUGCUCAGCUUCAAUCCUGGGCUACUGCAAUUUGGGGGAGAGAUGGUGUUGUGCGAGUCUCUCGAUUCGGAGAUCGGAUGUAUGUGUUUCAAUUGCCUUCUUCCUCCACAAGUAAGUGGGUGCUCCGCUCAGGGCCGUGGCACUUCCAAGGAAAUCAACUCUACCUCAGGAAAUGGACUCCAGGAAUUCAACCAGUGACUCCAUUGGUUGAAACUCUACCUAUCUGGGUGUCAAUAUGGGGGAUCCCACUGGAAUAUCAUUCAAUUGAGGGAUUGGAGUGGAUAGCGAGUACUGUUGGACCUCCUCUCUGGAUGGAUAAAACAACUAGGGUUGGAGGGAAAUUGGGAUUUGCGAAGGUGUGUGUUGAUCUAUCGGCAGAAUGUGGGUUUCCCUCGAAGGUUUGUCUCUAUCCUGAUGAUGAUCCCUUCUUUGAUGUGAAAAUUGAGUAUCUGAACUUGCCUAGGGUGUGCCCUCAUUGUCAAGUAUAUGGUCAUGACUGCACAACUUUGGCCAACAGCACUAAGAAGUGGGUUGUUAAGGGGACUGCUAAGCAAGCUCAGGCUAAGGACACAAGUGUUGAGUUGGGGGAUGUUGAGAAUGUGCAGAGUGCCUUAGUGGAUAGGACUGUUGCUCAGGUCGAAGAGGUUUCAGAGGAUGUUGUGGCUAGUGAAGUUGUGGCUGAAAUGUCUAAAGAGAAGGAGGCUGUUGUUCGGGAUCUUAAUGGGCGCGCUGCUUCCACUCCUCUGCUUAAUGGGGGUGUUGUUGCUAGUUUUGUUGAGGUUGUCUUGAGAUCAUCAGCUCUGGCUGGGAGUUCUGACCAAUCUAAACAAUUUUCUGCUGGGGUUACUUCACCAGUUGAUGGGAGGGUAUCCCCUCAGAUGACUGCAGCAGCUAAGGAGUCAAACCCGUGGAUCACAGUUGGAAGUUCUAAGAGGAAACCUGCCACACCAAGAGUUGAACAGGUUGGCCCUCAUAAAGGGGGCAGAGCUGGGAAGAAGCAAUGAAAAUCCUUACUUGGAACAUCCGGGGGUUUAAUGACCCGGUUAAGAAUAAAGCUAUUAGAAAGCUACUUAAUAUACAUAGUAUAAACAUAUUAGUUAUACUUGAGCCUAGGGUGAGAGCAAAUAAAGCAGAUGAGUUGAUUAAUGUGAGGUUUCCUGGUAGGGAGUCAAAAGUGGCAAACAACUCUAGUGGGCUGGGCAAGCUAUGGCUGCUCUGGAAGUCAGAUAUCAAGCUUACAGUUCUCCAUACGACUGAUCAGUUCAUCCUUGUGUUGGUGGUUUCAGGUACUCCUUUUUUUCCUUUCUUUGGUCUAUGCAUCAAAUGAUGAAGUGGACAGGAGAGUUCUUUAUAGUGAUUUGGUUAGAUUUCAAGUUCGAUCUGCCCCUUGGGCAGUGCUGGGAGACUUUAAUGCCAUUGGGGAUGUUAGUGAGGCUUCAAAUAUGCCUCAACUCACAAGUAGUAUGACUGAUUUUAGGAAAUGGUAAUAUGACUGUGAGUUAGAAGAACAUAAGUCAUCUGGACCCUGGUUUACAUGGAUUAAUAAGCAGAUGGGAAAUCCAAUAGCGAGGAGAUUGGAUCGGGUUUUUGUGAAUACUAAGUGGUUUGAGGGCUUAUCUUCUAGUACUGUUGAUCUGUUGGAUCCCUCAGUGUCGGAUCAUUGCCCAAUUAUGUUAAACUCUGAUAGUUCAAUUAAAUCUUUGCCAAAACUUUUCAAAUUCUUUAAGUUCUGGAUCAAGCACCCUCGAUUUAUGGACUUAGUAAAGGAAGCAUGGCUGGUGCAUGUAGAUGAUCGCCUUUAGUCCGUGUUUGCAAAAAGCUGAAAAUUCUUAAGGGACUGCCUAAGAAAUUGAAUAAGGAUGAAUAUUCUGACCUUAGUGAAAGGGCUCGAUUGAAGGAGUCUGAACUGUUGAUUGCACAGGCAGAGGCUUUAAAACACCCUUCACCUAACUCUUUUGGUGAGGAGAUUAGACUUGCUAAAGAGGCUAGAGUGUUAAGAGAGUCUGAAGAGUCUUUUUUUCACCAUAAAUCUAGGGAACUAUGGCUCAAAGAGGGAGAUUCGAAUACUCCUUACUUCCAUAACUCAGUCAAGAGUCGACAAAAGCGGAAUAUGAUAAGAUCCUUAAUUGAUGAAGAUGGUCAGAGGGUAACUGAUACAGAUGGUAUGGCUGGGAUAGCAGAGAGAUUCUAUAGGAAACUAUUGGGGGAACGUGAUACUGAAGUUACUCCAGAAGUUGACCAAAUCAAGAAAACUCUGAUCAAAAA